GUGCGAAAUAAUAAUUCAUCGCGAUUCGGAAAAUUCAUCCGAAUUCAAUUUUCAAAGGCAGGAAAAGUCGCCUCGUGCGAUAUCGAACAUUAUCUGCUCGAGAAGUCUCGUGUGAUUCGUCAAGCGCCCGGAGAGCGGUGUUAUCACAUCUUCUAUCAAAUUUAUUCGGGCUUUAAUCCAACCCUCAAAAAAGAUCUGAUGUUGGAUAAACCCCUCAAAGACUAUUGGUUCUGUGCUCAGGCUGAACUUACAAUCGACGGUGUUGAUGAUAAAGAAGAGCAUAUGCUGACUGAUCAAGCAUUCGAUAUUUUGCACUUCUCACCACAGGAGAAACUGGACUGUUACAAAUUGGUAGCAGCCAUCAUGCACAUGGGUAAUAUGAAAUUCAAACAACGACCUCGUGAGGAACAAGCCGAACCCGAUGGUACAGAUGCGGCUGAGAGGGCAGCUAAAAUGUACGGUAUCGCCCAUGAAGAGUUCUUGAAAGCGCUGACCAGACCUCGUGUCAAAGUCGGUACUGAAUGGGUCUCGAAAGGGCAAAACUUGGACCAAGUCACUUGGGCUGUUGGUGCAAUGGCCAAAGGUUUAUACGCACGCAUCUUCCAUUGGCUGGUCAAAAAGUGUAACGUAACACUGGAUCAGAAGGGUACUCCCAGAGACCACUUCAUUGGUGUGCUCGAUAUCGCUGGUUUCGAAAUCUUUGAUGUAGGAUUUUGA